AUGCGAAUUACUUCCAAAAAAGCCUCACACACAUAUUUUAGUCGUAUUCUUAACUUCUCUUCUAAUUUUACCUCCUUUUACUUUUCAGCUGGAGUCCCAUGUACCGCCUACGACAUCAUCAUCCAUCCGGACUUCCUCAAAAAAAUCCAGAAGUCGGAAGUCUUCAAGGCUUUUUUGAUGACAGUCAUCAUAGAGGGCCUUGAAAACAAAUUCAAAAUCCAACUUAAUAGAGAUUGGAUUGUUUUGAAAAACAAAAAAUGCAUGGGAACCCCGCAGGAGCAGUGUAUUCGAACCAAAGCUCGACCGGCCAUAAUAGAAUUGGAUCCCAGUGAUGGACCAAAGACCACAACGCCGUCUAUGAACUUAAAAGCUGUUCCGAACCCAGAAUCUCCGGAGUUUCUCGUUGCCGAAAUAAAACUGCCAGAAUUAGCUUCCUCUCGCGGUCUGAAUCUUGAGGUCGGCCAACAAACCAUCUCACUGCAAACUCGCAGCAACGUUUACGAGUUGGCUGCGGAACUUCGGUGGCCUGUUAAUAAAGACGCGACUGUGGCCGAGUUCAACAAGGACACCAAGGUGAGUUUAGGUUUUGUGAUCGUUGACCUGUCAGAGUUGUUGCUCUGA